CAGAGUCAUGGGGGCAAGGAGGAGAGGAGGCAGAGUUGACUGUGGAUAGGACCACCACCUUCGCUCCCCCUUCCUUUUAUUUUUUUUCUCGAUUCUUGUUUUAUUAAUCAUUCCUUUAACUUUUCUCGCCGGUCUCAAUCUCCCUCCCCCUCCACUUUGCGAGCCCCAUCAUCCAUUAUCUUUUGCGGUGAUACUUCGCUGAUUAUUCUGCUUCUCUCACCUUCUCCAGCACUCCGCUCCUUGAAUCCCCGCUGAAGCAGAGGAAUCGUCGGCGAGUCGCGAGGAGGCGGCGCUUACUGCGCUUGUGCACGCCGGCGGAAGGUAAAAGAUUAUGGGAGGCUUAUUAGUUGAAGAAAUGGCCUAUCCUUGUGGCCCAAAUUAUGCACAAAUUUUCCCCUCCAAUAACGAGAAGAGCAUCAGUUAUGGUAGCUUCCUUCAGCCUUUGAUGGGCGAUUGCAUGAUUGGAGAAGGAGACCUCGUUGAGAAUCCACCAGAAAAAUUUGCUGAGGCUGGUGAUGAAGAGAGUGAUGAGGAUUUAGACAUAGAAGAGCUUGAGCGGCGUAUGUGGAGGGACCGUAUGCGGUUAAAGCGCUUAAAGGAGCAGCAAUAUAGCAAAACCAAGGAUCUUGGUGAUGCGGCUAAGCAAUUCCAGUCCCAAGAACAGGCUCGUCGGAAGAAGAUGUCUCGGGCACAGGAUGGAAUUCUCAAGUACAUGCUGAAAAUGAUGGAGGUUUGCAAGGCUCAGGGCUUUGUUUAUGGAAUAAUUCCUGAGAAAGGCAAGCCAGUCAGUGGUGCUUCUGAUAAUCUGAGGGGUUGGUGGAAAGAAAAGGUCAGAUUCGAUCGCAACGGACCAGCUGCUAUAGACAAGUACCAGAUCGAGAAUGGGGUUCCUGUGUCCGGCAGUGAUUCGAACUCUGGAGCCGUCGGCACUCAUUCGUUGCAGGAACUUCAAGACACAACAUUGGGUUCUCUCCUGUCGGCUCUAAUGCAGCACUGUGAUCCACCACAGCGGCGGUUUCCUCUUGAAAAAGGAAUCCCACCGCCGUGGUGGCCGACUGGGAGGGAGGAAUGGUGGGCUCAGUUAGGCAUUCCAAAUGAACAAGGGCCACCCCCUUACAAGAAGCCGCAUGAUCUUAAAAAGGCUUGGAAGGUUAGUGUCUUGACCGCGGUGAUCAAGCACAUGUCUCCGGAUAUUGAGAAGAUCCGCAGGCUUGUUAGGCAGUCCAAAUGCCUGCAAGACAAGAUGACCGCUAAGGAGAGUGCGACAUGGCUUGUAGUCCUUAAGAAGGAAGAGGAAACAUAUAUCAAGCUGCAUCCAGAUGCUCGUACACCCCCAUCAGCAGGGGUUGGUAUUGCCGGAGCAUUCUCCUUCAACGAAUGCGGCAGUGAGUAUGAUGUGGAAGGUGUUGGAGAAGGCAAAAGUGACUCUUUCAAACUAGGAGUCAGUGCAGCUAAUGCAAACUUUGUUAAACCUGUUCCGAUGAAGGAAGAAACUGAAAUGGAGUUAUUCCAGAAGAGAACUUCUGUGGAGCAUGAGCUUGAUGUGAACCAGAGGAUCUACACUUGCGAAAAUGUGGUAUGCCCACACAACAAUGUCUGCCAUGGAUUUCUCGAUAGAAAUUCUAGAAAUACUCACCAAUACUUCUGUAAGUAUCAAAACACUCUUCCUCCUGGCGUUGGGAUGACAAACAACAGCCUUCAGGCAAUUGAGAACAAACCUCAGCCAAAUCCUUUUGCAAUUGUAUCGAGUGAGAAUCCAAUUGACAUAUCUGACUUGGGUAUUCCUACUGAUGGUCAAAAAUCAAUCGAUGAAUUGAUGAACUUCUAUGAAACCAAUAUUACUGGUAGCAAGAACUUGAACUUGGGAGGUUACAUUCAUCCUCGGCAUAAAAUGGAAUACAGCUUAUUUGAACAGGGUCCAGGAAUUGGUGCAGAACUUUUUGAAGAAGUUGGUAGCUUGGUGGAGCAAACUCAGUAUGUGGAGGAAAGCAUAGUGCAGUUUCAGCAGGAACUAAAUGUGCCUGGAAUCGGUUACUCUGGUGCUAUGCUUAGGGGCAUGGAGGAUUCCUUGCAAAAGCAAGAUCAAUUCAAUUGGUUCUGUUAAAAUAAAUGUAGGAACCUAGUCAGACAAUAAAUGAUAUGAUCAUCACUACCGAAGCCCGAGUAUGAAGAACCUUUGAAGUUUGCUUAAGGUCAUCUCCCUGUAUUUAGAUAUAUGUAUCUUUCCUUGUAAUAUGCUGAACAAAAUGUUAGAUUGUCGAGUAUGCUAUGCUCCCAUGGAGUUUCUUGUAAGAAACCUCACGGUGAAGCAUUCCUUAAGACUCCAUUAGGACUAUAAUUAAUGGUGUUUGUAUCUGCUUUUGCCUAAUACUGAUUGGUAGUUUAAUAGGCUUUGUAUCUGCUAUCUAGUGUUUGAAUAUAUAGUUCUAUUUCUGUUUGAAUGCAAA